AGAGGAAGCACGUUGGUCCGGGACCGGAUCUCCUGAAGACGCUCUACAUCUCUGCUGACGGACACGGCGUGGCUGGAGAGGACGACAACCAGGAGGACUAGAGCUCAGCGAAUGGUUGAGCGGCAGUGAAGAGUCCCGCCUCCCGCUGGGGUGGAGUCCUCAGGUGUACCAGAGAUAAGGUUGCCUCGAAGCAACCGUCAUCACUCCACUCGGUGGCUGAGCAGUGAGCACAUCUUUAUUCUCAGCAGCAGGAACUUCUUCAAGCUUUCGGACUGACUGGAACGCUCUCUAAAGGUGCAGAGGCCCGCCUCCCGCUGGGGUGGAGUAUCCAGUUGUUCUCAACAGCAGGAACUUCAUCAAGCUUCUUGACCGAGCGCUCUCUAAAGUUAAAAUCUGUGUCUCUCAUACCAGCGGACCGCAGCCUCCUGGAGAUGAUGGAAGUGAAAAAGGAAAUGGAUGAUGAAUACUGUGGGAAACCGGAGGAAAAGGCCAAAGAGCAGCAUGGACAUAAAUUUUCCUUUAAGUUUGAAAACAAAGAUAAAGUUUACGAUGUUUUCUGCACGCAGGAAGGAACUAUCUACGAAUCACUUCAGGAGAGUAUUGUGUUUAAAGAUAAUGCUUCCUCAAACCAACACAGAGAACUUGUUAUUUUACCUAGACCAAAUAAAGCUAUCAGUUCACAUUUUCCAUGCCACAAAUUGACUAAACUUGAAAAAGUUGAUACACUUCAUAUUAAACCCCUGACUAUUAUGUACAUCAGGCAAGCAAAGAACAAGACAUCUACCACAAGCAGCAAGGAUAAAAAAGAAAAUCAUGGAGAGUUGGUAACAUUUGCUAUAAGAACAACUGGAGGUGCUAACAUUCUUUCUAAGGUUAUGAAAAAUAAUGGGCUGAGGAAAAAGAGUGUGGAUGAGGUUAUUUUGUAUGGAUACAAAGGUCAAACAAUCAGAGAAGCUCUGGUGCAAGAUGCACGUUUUAGUGACACGGUAUUACAAAACCACCCUAACAAUUAUUUUCUGGAGGAUACAGAGGAUGGUAAUAUCAAGGAAAUGUCCCUCCCUAUAGAUGAUCUUGAUAGUAAAUGUUUCAAGAUAACAAAACCAAAACCGCAGGAAUCCCAUGGUGCUGCAAACCAUGAUGCACCACAGGAGGCAACAUCAAGUAAGACUGCAAGCUCCAACAGUCCAACAUCGCUUCAAAAUGGGAGUCAUCAGCCAACCCCAAGCACCAGGCAUCAGUCAACCCCAAACUUGAGCAAUCAGAAAUCCACCUAUCAGCCUAUACCGAACUCUAAGGACCUGUUGCAACUCCUUCGUUCUCAGUUUAAAGAUCUUGUCAAACUAAUGAUGGGCCGCGAGAAUCCUACUCCUCAAGCAGUCAAAAAACAUCUCUCUCAAGAGUUUGGGAAAAGCACAGAGCUUUGCCAUGAGGUGAGAGCGAUGAGGAGGUUUCUAGAGCUUGGUGAUUCUGUUUGCCAGGUGAGAAUAGAUGCCUCGGCAAAAGGGAGUGGCUUUCUUCUAUUUGGAAAGUACAUCCUAACAAACGGCCACGUAGUCCUUGAUGAGGCAAAACACCCGAGGGAAAAGAUAACCGUUAUUUUCUCAUAUGAGGAACUUACAGACAGCCAGUUAAUGGAUGUGAAGGUCGUUGCCAGUGAGCUUGAUGAUGAUGCUGCAGGCCACAAGCAUGAUUGGGCUUUGCUGGAGGUCUGUGAUGAUCUAAAUGCCCAACCAAUAAAGCCUCUACUGAAGGACUUUGGAUUGGUUACUGAAAGGGGUCAGAUUUGCAUCAUCGGGCACCCGAAAGGGGAGGUCAAAAUGAUAGACCCAUGCUUCACAAUCCCUCACUCUAAACGUGAGCUAAAGAUGAUGUUUUUAACUAGAAAUUACUAUUUUCCAAAACCAAUGGAUAAGGACAUACAUACCUAUGAGAGCUGCUUUUAUCGUGGCUCAUCUGGCUCACCUGUCUUUGAUAGCAAUUUCAAAGUUGUAUCGAUGCACAGUGGGGGGUUCGAAGACAAGGAUUGGGGCCAUCUCCUUGAGUAUUCACAUCCCCUGUCACUCAUUAUUGAACAAAUCCUUAUUCAGAUAGUGAGAAAUAAAAAAGUGGAUGUGCUGUUGGCAAUGAUCACCUGUGGCAUUCCCCCAGUGGUGGAGGAUGUGGUAAAUAAAAUAUUGAGUAAUGACGAAGGAUUGGUCUGGACAGAAGAGGAAAUGAUUAACCUCUGUGCAGGAGACCAAGCUUGUACCAAGACUGAACUUCUAAAGGACUUUUUUAGACAGAGAGAUGAAUCCACGGAACCAGAAGCUAUGGAGUUUUAGCUUUACUUUAGUAAACCUCUACUUUGUAUUAUGCAUUUCCCUCAUACAAAAAUAAUCAAAUACAACUGUAGCCGUUUACUCUUUGCCACUCCAUCUAGGUGGCUGUCCCUCCACCUAGAUGACGUUACUGGGCUCAAUCCACACAAGAACCAAGGCAGACGUUUAAACCAGUUUAGUGUAGUUUGAGCAAUAUUAUGUGAAGAGCAGGUGCACCAUGCUGCCAUGGCAGAGAUGUUCUCUCAGACUGUCGGGUGAUGGCUGAUGAUGUAAUCUUCCAACUAACUAAACUCCACUCCACUUAAUCUCUCAAUCAGUCAUCACUCUUCCACUUAACCCUAACCCAUACAUUGUAUAUGUUUUUAAUGGUUUUAAAUGCUUUGUGACUUGGUACCUUUGUAAGAGUGGAUUUUUAUUUUUUUAAAUCAAUUCACAAUAAUGACUUAUUUCAUAACUUAAAUCGUUUAUAUUUAAAUCACAUUAUAUAUCAACUUUUUUUUUUUUUACUAUUAUUUCCAUUGUAAUGCUCUUUGUGCAUUCCUAUUUAAAGUUUACACGUUUAUGCAAUUUUUGUAAUGCAUGUUAUUUUAGAAUGCAAAGUUGAAACCAUAG